GAAAGAAAGCGAGAGUGAUCUGAGGCUGUGGUUCUCUCAGCGUCUCCGCAUCUCUCAGCAGUGUAUAAUGAGAUUAACCACACGGCCUCUGCACAGGGUCAACCGCUCGGAUUAUCACACAACACUUUGACAUCACAAUCCAGACACCUGUUUUUUCUGCUCUUUUUUGGAAACUUUUGAACCUUUCAUACUCUUGACUUGUCACUUCUAUUGUCUUCUUGAAGACUGAAGACUUUAAUUCCGACAGCUGAUAGACAGGAUCCUCUAGGACCAUCAGCUGAAAAAUGAACGGCUGUUAUCUCCGGCUGAGAUGAGGAGUGUAUUUAUAGGCUGUUGAGUUUGAGGGUGGAUGAUAACUUUUGAAAUUUACAUUUGAAAACGCAACUCAAUGCCACUGUCCAACAACAAGGUCGCUGAUGAUGGAAGUUCGACUCAGCCACUGCAAGAGGGAAAAGCAAUGGUGGACUCACUCAUUAAGGUGGUGGCGUGUUAUCGGCACCUGGCCUCCUGUGUUGGUGGAUGCACAGACAGCUCAAGCCUACGACGUGAUCUCCGGCAAACGCGAGAACGAGCCCAGACACUGGCACUGUCCUGUCGAAACCAUCUCACCACUAGACUGAGAGAUAAAACAUUACCAGAGGCCGAUAGGAAGGAGGCAGAGUGGCUGUGGGUGUCUUUCUCUUCAUGCCUGGAACUCUUACAUGCAGAUAUGAGCAAAGUGUUUGCCAUGGCCAAGCACUUCUCCCUGGCCAACAACAGCACCAUGGUGCAAACAGGCAUACAGGGGGGGGCGACAGAGGUGGCUGCACGUGCCCUGAGUCUGCCUGACCUCCAGGAGGCUGGGGCCGGUACCCAGACCUCUAGUGUGGAGGGUCAGGAGCAAAGUCAGCUGGAGCAGGAGAUCGCUCAGGUGGACCGAACGCUGGAUGACAUGGAGAUGAAGGUCAAUGUGCUUCGCUGGACGGUGGAGGCUGUGGGUCCUCAAUACACAGACCCUGUUAGCACUGACAGCACCUCGCUAGCACUGCUGUCCAUGGAUGAAGAGGCAGCUCAAAGUUUCUGCAGUCGUAGCCAGAUGUUUGCUGCAAUGAUGCUGUGCGGUGUGGCCAUGUUUGCUGUGGUGCUUUCAGUGUGUGUGGUGUUCCUGGUCUGAAGUCUUAGCAUGAUCACUUUUCUUUUGCUGGAGGCAUAUUCAGUUGUGAUCGGCCAAACAUCAACAGUCAUCAUAAAAAUAUCUUUGUACCUAUCAUCAACAGUUCCUUAUGUUGAAUUCAACAGAGCCUAUAUGUGAGUCCUUUUUACAAAUCAAUCCAUCUUUGCCAUUAAUUGCGAGUGUAUGAUCAAAAGAAAGCAUUAUGAAUUUUAUUGUGCUUUAAUUCAGAUUAAUAUAUAAUAUUAUAUAAUAUUUGGGCAAGAAGCAAAAUCUGAUUUCAUAUUUAGUCUACUUUUAAGAAACAGACUUGUGUUUUGAGAGGUUGUAGUCAUAGGGUGGUUCAUCAUCAUACCAGAACUUUAUUCAUCUAUUUUAGAUUUGGGCUAUAGCAAGAGCAAUGACGCAACCUUAAAUGCACCUAUAGCAAUCCUGUACUGUCCUCUUAGAACACUGUCAAGGGAAAUGCAUAGGGCUGUGAUAUGUUGCACACAUGUAUUUAUCUAUUAUUUGAUUUUUAAAUUGGUUGAUUUUUAAUUCAUUAUUUAGCUUAAAUCAAACCUGUCUAGAAACAUGUAAGACUGGCCUGAAGCAAUAAAAAGUCUUUGCUUUUAAAAAUACUGUAUUAGUCAGUAAUAAUAACCAGUCAAGUAUUAUAAACAAGUAGGCUAUGGGUUAGUCAAUAUUAAAAUCCAACUUACAAGUUUACAGAAAAAAACUGAAAUAUUGUAAUUACCUCAAAUGAAGGUAACUUUUUCAAAGACAUCUGAAGAAGUGUAUUUCAAUCAUGUCAAUUAGCAAAGGAUUUUGAACAAUGUUGAUGAUCCUUUCGUGUUUCUUUUUAAUGUAUUGUUAAAUAUCUUCAAUAUCUCACAAGUAUCUCACAAAUGUUGUAUUUUGUAAAACCAACAAACAUUUUUAAAAUAAACAUUUAGAUCUAGCCGUAAGAGCCUGAUA